UGACAAUUUCUGUAUUAGAGAAUGGCUCCUUGUCAUGUAUUUAUAUCAACUCCUUGUAUUUCUUGAAUAUCAGUCUUUUAUCUGUGAGAUUUGACGCAAGAAUUUUUUUGGACCUUUUUCUUAUUCUGUCGGCUUUGAUUCUGUUCUUGGAAAGCUUUUAAUUAUGCCUAAUUAAAACUGUCUCCUUUGUCUUUUAUGAUCAGCGUUAUCACUUAUUUCCCAUCAUUGUGAAAAGGGCCGGUUUUUGUUCCCCUCUAAUUUUUAUGAUGUAACUUUUUAUCUUUAGGUCACACAUCCUGUGGAGUUUAUAUUAGUAUAUGAUUGGAGAUGCUUGUCUAAAUCUAAUUUCUGCCCAAUUGUUUCCAGUUUCAAUGGCAUUUUGAAAUGGUCCUAAUUGUAGGGUUGUGAGCUAAACGAGUAUCCAGACUAGGGAUAGGACAGGGUAGGGGCUACUAAGCCCUGGGCAAGGGGGAGAGGACUCUCUAAUGCCCGAGGGUCCUUUAGCCGCUUCUGUCUGUGUCUUCCUUGACGGUGUGCCCUCUGCCUGCACUUGGUUCGAGUGUGUUAGCAUGCUGGUGAUCCUCCUCAACUGUGUCACUCUGGGCAUGUAUCAACCCUGUGAGGACAUGGACUGUCUGUCUGACCGCUGCAAGAUCCUGCAGGUAUUUGAUGACUUCAUCUUCAUCUUCUUUGCCAUGGAGAUGGUGCUGAAGAUGGUGGCCCUGGGGAUUUUCGGCAGGAAGUGUUAUCUGGGGGACACCUGGAAUCGACUGGAUUUCUUCAUUGUGAUGGCCGGGAUGGUCGAAUAUUCCCUGGACCUUCAGAACAUCAACCUGUCAGCUAUCCGUACAGUCCGAGUCCUGAGGCCCCUCAAAGCCAUCAACCGAGUGCCCAGUAUGCGCAUCCUUGUGAACUUGCUGCUGGACACCCUGCCCAUGUUGGGCAAUGUGCUACUCUUGUGUUUCUUCGUCUUCUUCAUCUUUGGCAUCAUUGGUGUGCAGCUGUGGGCUGGCCUCCUUCGCAACCGCUGCUUCCUGGAGGAGAACUUCACCAUACAAGGAGAUGUUAACCUGCCUCCCUACUACCAGCCAGAAGAGGAUGAUGAGAUGCCCUUCAUCUGUUCACUCUCAGGGGACAAUGGCAUCAUGGGCUGCCAUGAGAUCCCACCCCUCAAGGAGCAGGGCCAUGAGUGCUGCCUGAGCAAAGAUGACUUUGCCUACUACAAUGCGGCUCACCAGGACUUCAACGUCAGUGGGAUGUGUGUCAACUGGAAUCGCUAUUAUAAUGUGUGCCGAACAGGCAAUGCCAACCCCCACAAGGGCGCCAUCAACUUUGACAACAUUGGCUAUGCUUGGAUUGUCAUAUUCCAGGUGAUCACCCUGGAAGGCUGGGUUGAAAUUAUGUACUAUGUCAUGGAUGCCCAUUCCUUCUACAAUUUCAUCUACUUCAUUCUGCUCAUUAUAGUGGGCUCCUUCUUCAUGAUCAACCUGUGCCUCGUUGUCAUAGCGACCCAGUUCUCCGAGACCAAGCAGAGAGAGCACCAGCUGAUGCAGGAGCAGCGCAGAAGAUACCUGUCCUCCAGCACGGUGGCCAGCUAUGCAGAGCCUGGGGAUUGCUAUGAGGAGAUAUUCCAGUAUGUCUGCCACAUCCUGCGAAAGGCCAAGCGCCGAAGCCUGGGUCUCUACAAUGCCCUCCGCAGCCGCCAUCAGGGCCAGGUGGAACCUGGCAUGGGUGCCAAUCCUGAGUGGAAGAAUGCCAAGGAGCAGAGGCGGGAAAGGUUGUGCCAGAAACACAUUCCCCUGGAUUACCUACCUCAUACUCUUGUGCAGCCUAUCUCUGUGACACAGACCUCUGACCCUGGCCAUUGUCCCCACUGUCGGCAAGAGGGAGAACAACGUCUGUCCCUGGCAGAGAGUGAUGAUGACUUUGGGCAGGAGGAAGGCUCUGCCAAUGAUGAUGAAGGGGAUGGUGGAGGGAGCAGUGAAGGAACCCUGGACCUGGAGAAGGAGGAAGAGGAGGGAGACAAAGGCAGUGGGGCAGCCAGACUGUGUGGAGAUAUAUGGCGAGAGGUGAGGGCCAAGCUGAGGGGCAUUGUGGACAGCAAGUAUUUUAAUCGAGGAAUCAUGAUUGCCAUCCUGGUGAACACAGUCAGCAUGGGCAUCGAACACCAUGAACAGCCCGAGGAGCUGACCAACAUCCUUGAGAUCAGUAACGUGGUCUUCACCAGCAUGUUUGCCCUGGAGAUGAUCCUGAAGCUGGCAGCCUUUGGCCUCUUUGACUACCUUCGGAAUCCGUACAACAUCUUUGACAGUAUCAUCGUCAUCAUCAGUAUCUGGGAGAUCAUUGGCCAGUCAGAUGGUGGCCUCUCAGUGUUGAGGACUUUCCGCCUGCUCCGGGUAUUGAAGUUGGUUCGUUUCAUGCCAGCCCUGCGCCGACAGCUGGUAGUUUUGAUGAAGACCAUGGACAACGUAGCCACCUUCUGCAUGCUGCUUAUGCUUUUCAUCUUCAUCUUCAGCAUUCUAGGGAUGCACAUUUUUGGCUGCAAAUUCAGUCUUAGGACUGAUACGGGAGACACUGUUCCUGACCGGAAGAACUUCGACUCACUCCUCUGGGCUAUUGUCACAGUGUUCCAGAUUCUGACCCAGGAAGACUGGAAUAUGGUGCUCUACAAUGGCAUGGCCUCCACUUCACCCUGGGCCUCCCUCUACUUUGUGGCCCUCAUGACCUUCGGCAACUAUGUUCUCUUCAAUCUGCUGGUGGCCAUCUUGGUGGAGGGCUUCCAGGCAGAGGGGGAUGCCAACCGUUCCUAUUCAGAUGAGGACCAAAGCUCGUCCAACAUAGAAGAGUUUGACAAAUUCCGGGAGGGUCACGAAGGCCAUUUUGAUGUCAAGCUUUGUCCCAUCCCCAUGACCCCUAAUGGACACCUGGACCCAAGCCUUCCUCUACCUGCCCCCCUGGCCACCACAGGGGGCAUACCCCCUGGCCCUUGCCACUCUCUGCAGCCUGACCAGGUGCUUAUUGCCCUGGACUCCCGAAAGAGCAGUGUGAUGUCUCUGGGGAGGAUGAGUUAUGACCAGCGGUCUCUGUCUAGCUCUCGCAGCUCCUACUAUGGAGCCUGGGGCCAUAGUGGAGCCUGGGCUAGCAGAAGAUCCAGUUGGAACAGCCUAGCCAGGGGCCAUAGCUUGAAGCUCAGGGCACCCUCUGCAGAACAUGAGUCACUCCUCUCUGGGGAGAGGGGCCGGACAACAGAGGGGGAGCGGGAUGAUGGUGCCCCUCGGGGCCCACCCUAUCAUCCACCUUCCCACCCCCAUCACCAUCACCACCACCUCCACCAUCCACACCGAUACCGCCAUCGUCGGACACUCUCCCUUGAUACCAAGGAUUCAUUGGACCUGGCAGAGUUGCCAACGCCAGUUCCUCAUGCUCAUCUGAGGUCCACUCGGAAAGUGGGCACAGGCCCAGGCACUAGUGAGCACCAGGAUUGCAAUGGAAAGAUGCCCAACAUUGCCAAAGAUGUCUUCACCAAGAUGGACAACCGGAAGGACCACGAGGAGGAUGAAGAAGAGAUUGAUUAUAGCCUGUGUUUCCGAAUUCGGAAGAUGAUUGAUGUUUACAAGCCGGAUUGGUGUGAGAUCAGGGAAGACUGGUCUGUCUACCUCUUCUCUCCUGAGAACAGGUUCCGGGUCCUUUGCCAGACCAUCAUCGCCCACAAGCUCUUUGACUAUGUCGUCCUGGCUUUUAUCUUCCUCAACUGCAUCACCAUCGCCUUGGAGAGGCCCCAGAUAGAGGCUGGCAGCACUGAGCGAAUAUUCCUCACUGUGUCCAACUACAUCUUCACAGCCAUCUUUGUUGGGGAGAUGACUCUAAAGGUGGUCUCCCUAGGCCUAUAUUUUGGGGAGCAGGCCUACCUGCGAAGCAGCUGGAACAUCUUGGAUGGCUUCCUGGUCUUUGUGUCUCUCAUUGACAUUGUGGUCUCUGUGGCCUCCGCUGGAGGAGCCAAGAUUCUUGGAGUUCUCCGGGUCCUUCGCCUCCUCCGGACGCUUCGCCCACUGCGGGUCAUCAGCCGUGCCCCAGGGCUGAAGCUUGUGGUGGAGACACUGAUCUCAUCCCUCAAGCCCAUUGGAAAUAUUGUCCUCAUCUGCUGUGCCUUCUUCAUCAUUUUUGGCAUCCUAGGGGUACAGCUCUUCAAGGGGAAGUUUUACCACUGCCUGGGGGUUGACAUCCGGAAUAUCACCAACCGCUCCGACUGCAUGGCUGCCAACUACCGCUGGGUACACCACAAGUACAACUUUGACAACUUGGGCCAGGCCUUGAUGUCCCUCUUUGUCUUGGCCUCCAAAGAUGGCUGGGUCAACAUCAUGUACAACGGACUAGAUGCAGUGGCUGUGGACCAGCAGCCUGUAACCAAUCACAAUCCCUGGAUGUUGUUGUACUUCAUCUCCUUCCUGCUCAUUGUCAGCUUCUUCGUCCUUAAUAUGUUUGUGGGUGUGGUGGUGGAGAACUUCCACAAGUGCCGGCAGCACCAGGAAGCAGAGGAGGCACGUCGGCGGGAGGAGAAGCGACUCCGUCGGCUGGAGAAGAAGCGAAGGAAAGCCCAGCGACUCCCAUAUUAUGCUACCUACUGCCCUACUCGGCUCCUUAUUCACUCUGUUUGUACAAGUCACUACCUGGAUAUCUUCAUCACCUUCAUCAUCUGCCUCAAUGUCGUGACCAUGUCCUUGGAACACUACAACCAGCCCAUGUCCUUGGAGAUUGCUCUCAAAUACUGCAACUACAUGUUCACCACUGUCUUCGUGCUGGAGGCCAUGCUGAAGCUGGUAGCAUUUGGGCUGAGGCGCUUCUUCAAAGACAGGUGGAACCAACUGGAUCUGGCCAUUGUGCUCCUGUCAGUCAUGGGCAUCACCCUGGAGGAGAUUGAGAUCAACGCUGCUCUGCCCAUCAAUCCCACCAUCAUCCGCAUCAUGAGGGUGCUACGUAUUGCCCGAGUGCUGAAGCUGCUGAAGAUGGCCACAGGGAUGCGAGCCCUGCUGGACACGGUGGUUCAGGCCCUCCCCCAGGUGGGUAACCUGGGUCUCCUCUUCAUGCUUCUUUUCUUCAUCUAUGCUGCUCUGGGCGUGGAGCUUUUUGGGAAACUGGUGUGCAGUGAUGAGCACCCCUGUGAAGGCAUGAGCCGCCAUGCCACCUUUGAGAACUUUGGCAUGGCCUUCCUCACCCUCUUCCAAGUCUCUACUGGGGACAACUGGAAUGGGAUCAUGAAGGACACGCUGCGGGACUGCACCCAUGAUGAGCGGAGCUGCCUCAGCAACCUCCAGUUCAUCUCGCCGCUGUAUUUCGUCAGCUUCGUGCUCACGGCCCAGUUCGUGCUCAUCAAUGUGGUGGUGGCUGUGCUGAUGAAGCAUCUGGAUGACAGCAACAAGGAGGCCCAGGAGGACGCCGAGAUGGAUGCCGAGAUCGAGCUGGAGAUGGCUCACGGCCUGUGUCCCCGGAGCUCGGGCUCCCCGGGCUCCGGCAAAGGCGGAGGCUGUGCCAGUGGCGGGGGGACGGGAGGCCCUCCUCCGGCCGAAGCCGAAGCUCGCCGCUGCGUGCGCUGUUACUCCCCGGCACAGGAGAACUUGUGGCUGGACAGUGUCUCUUUAAUUAUUAAGGACUCCUUCGAAGGAGAGUUAAUGAUCAUCGAUAACCUGUCAGGCUCCGUCUUCCACCAUUACUCCUCGCCGGCCGUGUGCGAGAAGUGUAACCAUGACCAGCAAGAGGUCCAGUUGGCUGAGGUGGAGGCCUUCUCCCUGAACUCAGACAAGUCCUCUUCAAUCCUUCUGGGAGAUGAUGUGAGCCUAGAGGAUCCCACCACAGGCCCUGGGGGCUCCAAGGAAAUCAAGCAGGGAGAAUCGGAGACCCCUGACCCCAUCAAAAUCGGGGACUUGGGAGAAUGCUUCUUUCCUUUGUCCAACACAGCCAUCUCGGCAACCCCAGAGAGCUACCUGUGUGAAAUGGAGAAGGAUCCCUUCAAUCCUGUCCAGUCCUGGCUGAAGCAUGAGAGCAGUCAGGUUCCCUCUAGUCCAUUCUCGCCAGAAGCUGCUAGCCCCCUCUUACCUGUGCCAGCAGAGUUCUUUCAUCCAGCUGUGGCCACCAGCCAGAAAGUAGAGGAGAAGGCCACCUGCAAAGGAACCCUCCCCAAGAUCUCUCUGCAGGGUUCCUGGGCAUCCCUACGAUCUCCAAGUGUCAACUGCACGCUCCUCCGACAGACCACCGAGAGUGACACAUCCCUGGAUGACAGCCGGAGCAGUGGCUCUGUGGGCAGCCUCCAGACCACACUGGACGACAGUUUGAAUCUCAGCGACUCUCCCCAGUGUACCCUGGACCUCCCCUCAGCUUUGUGCCCUGGGCUUCCAGGUCCCCACAUGAGGGCCUCACACAGGACUGUGGUGGCAGCUGCCCUCUCCCCAGCCUCUCGGCGCCGGAGUCUUCGAGGCCGGGGCCUCUUCAGUCUGCGAACCCUUCGAGGCCACCAGCGGAGCCACAGCAGCGGGGGCAGCACGAGCCCUGGAUGUACCCACCAUGACUCUAUGGACCCCUCAGAUGAGGAGGGUGUGGGCAGCAGCCUCCGUGGGGCAGGCACCAACAGCAGCGAGCAGUCGGAGACCCUCAGUAGCCUCUCGCUCACCUCCCUCUUCUCCCCUGCCCUCCCACCCCCAGGCCUUCGGCUGGCCAAGAGGUGUAGUAGCACCAGUAGCCUGUCUACCGUGGCCCCCUUGUCCUCCACCAAGGGUCCGCUGCCUCCCCUGGGGACUGAGGGCACAAAGCCCUACUCAGCUGACCCCCAGGGCUUCCUGUCCACACCCUCCUGGGGGACAGACUUCUGCAAAGACCACCGCUCAGCCAGCGAGGACGCCCAGGGGCCAGAUGGCCAGCCUCAUGGGCUGAGUUCCACAGAACGCAAGCCACAGCAGCCUCCCCAGGUGGAGCUGGGGGAAGGGGUGACCAAGAGGAACAGAUGAGGUUCUCUGGCCCCAGGGGGGUGCAGGCCGAGGAGCGGUUGUGGUGGGGGUGCCCAGCGAGGGAAGGCCAUACACUGUCGCUGUCCCUUCUAAACUCCCACUGAAGUGAGCCAGUGUGAGCUAGUGUGUCUACCAGGGUCCCGGCUGGGUGUCAAACACACUUACCUCAGGCACAUGAGACGCUGAAAGCAACGUGCCCCUGAGCUGGAAAGAUUAUGGGCAGUCGGGGAGGAAAAGCCAGGGGCAGCUCCUGUAGGCUGGGGGCCUCUGGCCAGACUCGGAGCCAGACGGGCCCUCUCAGUAUAUAUAUACAUAUAUACAUAUAUAUAUACACACACAAAGACAUAUAUAUUUAUUUAUUUUUUUUACUGAAAGCUCAUGACUUCCAGAAAGUGCUAAGAAUAGAGAGGGGUGGGAUGGGAAGGUUUGAGAAACAAAAUCAUUGAGAAAUGAUCUGAUCCGACCCCGAGAGCAGAAGACGAGCAGGGAGGAGUUGUUUUCAGUCCCUGGCCUGGACCCUGAUAUGGGCAGCUCUCACGACAUUCAUUCUGCUCAGGGGCCAUCUGGGGCAGCCCGUGGCCUCCGAGCUGAAGUCUGGGCCAUGAACACGCCUUGGAAGAGGUUCAGGUUUUGUCCUUUCCUUCUCGAUUGUAUCUUAGGAGCCCCAAAGGCACGAGAACCAUAACUAGCAGAUAGGUUUUUUUGUUUGUUUUGUUUUGUUUUUGGUAGCAAAAAGUAAAAAGAAAGGUGGGAGAAGAAGUCCAUUUUUCCAGUAAUAAGAGAGAGGAGAUGGAUGUGUCUCCCUGGGUCAGCCAGAGCUGCUUCUUGUGACUGCAGAGAAAGGGAGAAGUCCCAGAACUCUGCAGUGUCAGGACUGGCAGGCACCUUAGAGCCACCUAGUCCAAGCCCUUUAUUUUUCAGAUGGGGAACCAAAGGCUUGGAAGGGAUAGUUGGCUCCCCUGAGGUCAAGGAAUGAGAGCUUGGACUCAACCUGGGUCUUUGGAGUCUUUUUCACAGAGUCUGGCCCUCUGGUUGUGACUUCUCUGAGGAAGCAGGACAUGAGGAUGGAUGGAUGGGUGGCAGGGCAUGGGGGACAUCUUCGUCUGCUGACUAGACCCUUGGUCACCAGGUCCUGGGACAGAAUGACCAAUGACUCCAGGCCAAGGUUUACCCUGUGUGUCCCUUGCUCCUGGAGCUGAGGGUUUAGGUCAUGCCGGUGGUCACUGGCCAUUCUCGCUCUCCUAAGAUCUUAGUAUAUUUGUCCCUGUCCCUGGGCUUCUUGCUAUGAUCACUUCCCAGAUGGGGUGGGGGGAGACCUCCUUUCCCCAAACUAGAAGGGAGCUUUGGGACAGCAUAGGUCUCAGCAUCUAUCUGUCAGUCUCUAUCUCCUCUUCAGUUCAAAGUGUUGUAAGCAAUAGAGUUAGACCUUGGAGAGAUGGAAAAAAGGGCAAAACAUGAGUAAAGGGAUAGGACAUAGAUCUAUAACUAGGAGACAGUCACAGGCUCAGGCAGAGUCUCCAUAAAUAAGAGGGAUUUCAGUGGUUAGUGAGUCCAACUCCCUCAUUUUACAGUGGAGGAAACUAAAGCCCAGUGAUUUUAUGUGACUCACUCAGGGUCAGCUAGAGUCAGAAGCAGGAUUUGAACCCAGGUCUUUCUGAACUUCAACCUGUUCCCUCUUAAUAAGCACUCUCCUAACCUCACCAACAUGUUCACAUACCACUUAGCUAGGCAACAGGCACUCCUGGGCUUUCAGGGAGGACCAGCCAAAGCUUCCUAGUCUUGAGGAGGUAGGGUCACCUCUCUGCCACAACUGGGCAUCAAGGAACAGUGGGCAACCUCCCUUCACUGUCACAGAUCUCAACCAUCUUCUAACUCCCUCUAACCAAUGAACUGAGCAUGCCUAGAGAGGAUCAGAGGGCUCUUUAUUUAGAACUGGGAGGGACCUUGUGGUCAUCUUGUCCAACCUUCUCAUUUCUCAGGGGGAAACACAUGCACAGACAUUCACUUCCAAAUAUGUGCUACCACUCACACAUGCCCAACACCGGUGUUCAAACCCCAAAUGCCAUUAUACGUAUAUAUAAUACACCCAUGUGCUUAGACACUUUAGCUUCCCCAAACCCUUCUCAAAGUAUUGGGUCAAGUUCCACUUAAGCAAUAACAAGGUCCUAGAGUGGUCUUCACAUCCCUUCCCCGUCCUGAAGACCCAGCUAUAACUAGAUGUGGUGGGGCUCACUCAGGCCUGAGGGGUUACCAGGGUACAUGAGGGAAUAGAUAGCUCUGAGGGAAACAAGAGGUUCAGAGCAAGACCCCACUCUGGGUGUCCCCACCAAGUCCUGCAAGGAGUUACAAAGGUGGUGUUCUGGGCUGUAGAGGUGAAGGUGGUUCAGUUUACUCAUCUCCCACCUUGUCAUCUCAAUGGAAGUUAAUUGGCACCUGCAUUUACUCCCAGAACCUUCCAGGAUGGAGAGCCAGUCCUAAGAGAAGGAUUUAUGUUAAUUGGAUUGCCAUAGCUAGAAAAGAGCCCCAUUUCCCAAAUGAGUCAUUGGUCAUGACUCCUAAUGUAAUUAUAAACAUAUAAAUCCUUUUAUGCAUUCAUGUAGACCUUUCUUUACAGGCUGCAAAGUUUUUUUUAAUAGGUUAAUUAAUGCCUUUUAUUUUUACAUCUUCUGAUCAAAGUUCCCUGUUUCUCAGCUGACAGAAUACCAGUUGGUUAACAAACUCAGAGAGGAUCACCUCCUCUCUGAAUUCACUACUGUUCUCUCACAAAGUACUAGAUAACUCUGAGCUGUCAUUUUCAUUGCAGAGUCAUGAAUGGCAUUCAACAAGCAUUAAUUAAGCUCCUACUGUGUGUGUGUGUGUGUGUGUGUGUGUGUGUGUGUGUGUGUGGCAUUAGGGGGAAAUAAGAAAUUGCAGUCAAGAUGAAGUCCUUGCCCUCAUCGAGUAUGGAAUUGAGGGGUGGGGGAGGAGAUAAACAUGGAAAUGAUAGACCUGAAGUACAGGCCUGGGCAGAUGAGUCCUGGACACAGCAAAAGAGAAUACCAUGGGAAAGAUCAAGAGAAAUCAGGGAAGGCUUCCUUGUAUAGAUAGCUUGACUUAGGGAGACCUCUGCUCCAUGUCCCUGAAAGAAGGGCCAAGGAAUGAGAUUACCAUGGAUAGAUUUCAUUCAGAGAGGACUUGGACUCUUUUGAUCCUGAUUCUCACUUUAGGGGGGAGGAGAGGGAGAGAAAUGUGGUUGGCUUAACUUUGGAGGAAGCCAGAAGGGAAAGAGGAGGUCCAAGGAACUUUUGCAGGGACCUGGGUGGAAUUCAGGAAAGGGAUCCUUCUUCCAUUCUAUAGCGGCUGCCAUGUUUUUGUUUUUGUUUUUAAGUGAUGCACCAGUUUACCAUAUAAGAAAGAUCACAGUUUUAGGGCUGGAAAGGAUUUCAGAGGCCAUCUAGUAUACAACUCCUUCAGGGUCAUUGAUUUAGAGCUGGAGGGAAUCUUAGGGGCCACGGCCAGUUGAGUAAACAGAGGCCCAGGCACAAACUGAUCUUAACUAAUGUGUGAUUUGGCUGGGCUGGGGUAUUGGAUUAGACUCUUACUAAGAUAGACGUUUAUCCCCCAUCAAAUGCCCAACUUGUUUUAAAGUCUUAUUUGAUCAAUGGUCCAGGCCAAUGCCCAAUAGAGGCACACCUGACAGAAGGACUGACCAAGGCUGAAAUGGGCAGUGUGGAGCAUGACAUCCACAUAUAUAUAUAUAUAGGGUCUGCACACCCAAAAGUACACAUAUGCUGGGCCCUUUGGUGGGGAAUAGGACAAGACUCCAUCUGGGCCCUUACUCUUGGGGUGGGAUGCUCUACCCCUCUGCCUAUGAUGUCUUCCUAACAUGGCUUUCCCAUUUGCCUCAGUCUAAGCCAAGUCCCCCAGGCUCUGAGAGAAGCACAAUCCAUUCAUUCUAAACCACUCCCACUCUGGCCCCAGGGAUUGUAGGAAGUCAGAAUUAGAAGAGAUGGUAGAAGAUCAGGUCCAGAUCUCCUCAUUCUAUAAGUCAGGCGCCUGAAGUCCAGAGAGGGAGAAGGACACGCAAGUAGUAAGCAGCAAAGCAAAGCAAAGUCCUUUGACUCCACUUUUCAGUGCUUGGACCACUGUACCACACUACUCUUCGCUGUCCCCUCCUUUCACAUCUGAUGACUCCAACUCUCCUCUGCAGCCCUCUAGGACAGUCUUUUUCUGACAAAGACCAACACAACUAUGGACAUUCUUCCAGCAGGUCCCAGUCUCCACACCUACGUCUUUGCCUCACUCUCUGUCUUGACUUGCUAUAGCCAAAAACUUGAGCUGCUAGAAGCCAAAGCCCUUGUGAUGAAUCUGAGUUUAGUGACUGAGUCUUUUCUGUCUUUGUAUCCCCGGCACCCAGCACAGUGCCUAGCAUACAGUAGGUGUUUAAAAAAUGCUUGUCUAUUAGCAGAUGGGUGAGGCCCAGAGCUGUAACAAGGAUGGGGCAAACAGAGCUUUGUUCUAGGGUGCUAGCAAACAUCUGUGGGAUAUACUCCCACCCCAAGAAGUCCCCAUAAGGGUGUAGAGAGGGAGUCACGGGCCACUGUCUGUGCUCCAGAAGAAUAGGAUAGACUCUCUAGUGACAGACCACCCCUUUCUGGUGGAGCUUCCCCCAGACUCCUCACCCCAAUUUAAUUUUUGCUGGGGUCUAAAAAUUCCUAUUUAUAGUUCUGUGUAAGACAGACAUGUGGUCUGUUUCUGCGCCUGUUCUCUAAACCUUUCCAGCUUGGAAAGACCUAGUGGGGUUUGAACUCCAUUGGCAAGGACUCCAAGGAGCCAAGGCCACUUCCAAGAUACCAGAAUAGGACCCAAGUGGAGGCAGGAAAUUUUAAAUAACAACUUCCCUUGAUUUCAUUUCUGCUCCCUCUUCCCUGCCACCCAUCCAUUUUGGAAGCUGCUUGUUUUCCCAUCUAGGGCCCAUUGCGCCACACCCCCUGACUCUCUUCAUCCCUCUGCCAUGACCUCUGAUUGAGGAGGGAGGGAAUUCCUGGAUUUUCAGAGCAGCAGCUUAUGCCACACUCAGAUAGUACCUUGUCUUGUGCAAUAAUAGGAAUUUCAAGGUUCAGAAAACCUGGGGGUUGUGGGGGGAGCCACAGGGAGGACAAGGAGGGACAGUUUUCUCUCCUCCAGAAAGCCCUCCAUCCUAACCCUUUCUUCUUUAAUUAAUGAAUUUCCUGUUGGAUGUACAGUUUCUAUGAUGUGACCAUUUUAAUCUUAGUUGCUGAUGGGUAGUAUCUGCUGUUCUCUUACCAUCAAGGUGUAGGAAAACCAACAGCCAACAGUAUUGUAUUGAAUUAAAAAAGAAAAACAAAAAACCA